GAUCCAGUUUGAGCUUUAUCUUCCAGUUCUUGACCCUGUCAAAAAGCCAUGACUAAAUCGGCAGCUUUGAUGCUGUUGUUCCUCAAUCUGUUCCUCUACUUGAUCAUAAUAGUAAUUGCUUCAUGGGCAGUGAACCAUGCCAUUGAAAGGACCCAUGAAACAGCUUCUGUUUUGGCAAUUCCGGCUCGAAUCUUUCCCAUGUGGUUUCCAAUGGGAAACUUGGCAACGGGUUUCUUCGUCAUCUUCUCCCUCAUUGCCGGGGUUGUGGGCAUUGCCACCUCUGUUACAGGAAUUGGAAAUGUUCUUCAAUGGGACCGAGCCAACUUAAGUGCGGCAGCUGGGUCUUCCCUGCUGUCAUGGGCACUUACUCUGCUAGCCAUGGGAUUUGCCUGUAAAGAGAUGGAUAUUGGCUGGACAGAUGCGAAUUUGCGUACUCUAGAGGCUGUAACAAUAAUAGCAAGCGCUACACAAUUGUUCUGCACUGGCGCUAUCCAUGCCGGCGCCGCCCAAGAUGUUGAGCCCUUUAGAACUGGAAGAGUUUGAAACUUCAAUUUGAUUCAUGCUCAAUGACAAUAAUAAAAAAAAAGGUUCCUAUAAAAAUUUUAUAUUCUACAAUAUCAAAAUUCUUCUAUUCUUUUUCCAUAUGAAAUUCUUGGGAAAUACACAUAUAUGAACCAUAUUGUGUUGGGAGUGGAAUGAAUGUUUUCUGUGCAG